UCCUAUUUUUGUUUCUUCCUUGUCCUAUCCUCGGGUGUGUGUCGGGGACUGCCUCUCCCUGGCUUUUGCAGGCUUGGCUUGGCCUAUGCUGGCUCCAAUCGCGAAGAUGUUCUAACACUGCUGCUGCCUGUGAUGGGAGAUUCCAAGUCCAGUAUGGAGGUGGCAGGUGUGACAGCUCUAGCCUGUGGAAUGAUAGCAGUGGGAUCCUGCAAUGGCGAUGUCACUUCCACUAUCCUUCAGACCAUCAUGGAGAAGUCAGAGACUGAGCUCAAGGACACUUAUGCCCGUUGGCUUCCUCUUGGACUGGGCCUCAACCACCUGGGGAAGGGAGAGGCCAUUGAGGCCAUCCUAGCCGCGCUGGAGGUUGUGUCAGAGCCAUUCCGCAGUUUUGCCAACACACUGGUGGAUGUGUGUGCCUAUGCAGGCUCUGGGAAUGUACUGAAGGUGCAGCAGCUGCUCCACAUUUGCAGUGAACACUUUGACUCCAAGGAAAAGGAGGAAGACAAAGACAAAAAGGAAAAGAAGGACAAGGACAAGAAGGAAGCCCCUGCCGACAUGGGAGCACAUCAGGGAGUAGCUGUUCUGGGGAUUGCCCUUAUUGCUAUGGGGGAGGAGAUUGGUGCAGAGAUGGCUCUACGAACCUUUGGCCACCUGCUGAGAUAUGGGGAGCCUACACUCCGAAGGGCUGUGCCUUUAGCACUGGCCUUAAUCUCCGUUUCAAAUCCACGACUCAACAUCUUGGAUACUCUAAGUAAAUUCUCUCAUGAUGCUGACCCAGAAGUUUCCUAUAACUCCAUCUUUGCCAUGGGCAUGGUGGGCAGUGGUACCAAUAAUGCCCGUCUGGCUGCGAUGCUGCGCCAGUUAGCCCAGUAUCAUGCCAAGGACCCCAACAACCUCUUCAUGGUGCGCUUGGCACAGGGCCUGACCCAUUUAGGGAAGGGCACACUCACCCUCUGCCCCUACCACAGUGACCGGCAGCUUAUGAGUCAAGUGGCCGUGGCUGGGCUGCUCACCGUGCUUGUCUCUUUCCUGGAUGUCCGCAACAUCAUCUUAGGCAAGUCGCACUAUGUAUUAUAUGGGCUGGUGGCUGCCAUGCAGCCCCGAAUGCUGGUCACAUUCGAUGAGGAGCUGCGGCCAUUGCCAGUGUCUGUCCGUGUGGGCCAGGCAGUGGAUGUGGUGGGCCAGGCUGGCAAGCCCAAGACCAUCACAGGGUUCCAGACACACACAACCCCAGUAUUGUUGGCUCACGGGGAGCGGGCAGAAUUGGCCACUGAGGAGUUCCUUCCCGUCACCCCUAUUCUAGAAGGUUUUGUUAUCCUUCGGAAGAACCCGAACUAUGAUCUGUAAGUGGUCACCAGAGGCUCUGAGCUGCAGCUGAUAUGUCAGCGGGUCAUGCUUCCUUCCGUCAGCGGUGGACACUGCUCCAAACCUUUGGGGGAAUUGUUACCUCCUGUUCUUUUGUUACUGAGUGAGACAACUUUGUUGAAUAAAGACCUUUAUCCCCGA